AUGGAGUAUCGAUUGUAUAGCUUGUCAGAACACACCUUGUUGUGGAGAGGGAGUCUGGAGCAUAAUAUGGUGACAACCAAAAAAGGGCCAUGGAGUAGGGAGGUGGAUGGUGUUAAGGUGUUAAGUACCAACCUUCCUAGGAGUCGAGACAAGAAUGAGCAUAAACUUGGUGAGCUUGUUGUUCCAACCGACUGCAUGGAUAUACUGGCUAAGGAAUUGCAUGCACAACUUGACCAUACUCAAGGUGGUUUAGAGAGCCCAUUAUGGAUGCUCUUAGCUUCUUCGGAGGUAGUCAUGCUUAGUGCCUCGAGGUACCGCUCAUAUCUUGCCAAGUGGAAAGGCUUGCUAGAUUCUCAAGCUAGUUGGAGAAAGAAUAAUCCUUGUCUAUGCCCAAGGACAUGGUCGAAGCAUUUAAGAGAAAGGACGCCGGAGGAGAUUGGGUGGGGGAGAAUGUCACGGUGGACUGCUUAG